AUGGAUAGAUACACAGAUUCGAAUCAGUCCAAGACGGCAAUAUAUACUAUUAUGACAAACUCAUCUCAUUCGAAAUCAGACAUGUCUCCUACGGAAUCCGUUUACCUGGUAAAAUCGUCUGCAGCUGUCCAGGAUUACGAUGAUAACUCUAAUGCAAUAGUUUAUUUUCCUAGACGUAGGCAGAAGGAAUACAUUCCUGAAAGUAAGAAAGAUUAUGCUUACUGGGUGAAAAGGCUUAGGAAUAAUGACGCUGCAAGAAGGUCCAGACAAAAGAAGAGUAACCACAGUCUAGCUCUGAAAAAGCAACUUAUUGAAAUGACCAGAGAAAACAACCAGCUCCAGAAAGAAUUAAAUCUAAUCAAGACAAAGUUCGGACUAUCACUUGAUGAAACUUUCACAGGGGUUGAGGCUGAAAUUAAAUACAGGGAGGGUCAUCAACCAUUACAUCCGGCCUCAGAAUAUAUGACAGCAUACAGUCAAUCAGAACACAGGACGAGAUACCCUUCCACUGUGCAGCAAUCAUACGUUCGCGGGAAGAAUACGUCAUCGGAUAAGGCUCCGUAUAGACAACCGUUUGAAGCGCAAUCUAUGUAUUCCUGUGUAUCUUCAAGUCGGGUAAUUACAGACUCUAAUUACAUAAAAUACGCUAACAUACAUUCAGGCACCAGUUCAUACUCAGGACACUUCGAUGAUCCAUGUCCAAAAUAUCUUAAAAGCACAAAGAAAGAUUCUAAUCCUUAUGAUUUUCUGGCAGAGGACCACUUACGUCAAUCACAGUCAACUGUAUUGCCGCCUUAUCAGGUUCACUUUCACACUAAUAUAUUGGCAGACCCUUAUGAGAAAUCAUACUCUCAGCCAAUUAAAGAUAUAAAACCAUACAGUUCAAACGAUGCUUGUGACUGGUUUUAUACAGAUGUCCAAGAAGAACCGCUUUCAUUAGUAAAGAAGAGAGCUGAUCCAGAAGACGUAUCUAGCUAG